AUCUCGAAAUUUCUGAAUCGUUUAUUUUUCUUUUCUUUUCUUUCAUUUUCUAUAGAAAAUCUUUCUCGAACUGGCUAACUCUCAGGGAAGUGUGGAAGAAGCUGAUUCCAGCAACCAGAAGCUGGUUCUCGCCCUGUAUGACGCCCUAAACUCUCGAGAUUCCGACACCGUCGUCAAGAUCGUCGCCUCCGACCUCGAGUGGUGGUUCCAUGGUCCACCUUCUCAUCAAUUUUUGAUGCGCAUGCUCACCGGCGAUUCCUCCGCCGGAAACGACAACUUCAAAUUCGUUCCACAGUCACUCGCCUCCUUCGGCCCCACCGUCAUCGUCGAAGGCUGUGACAUUUCACGCGCCAUUUCCUGGAUUCACGCGUGGACCGUUACGGAUGGGUUAAUUACCCAGGUCAGGGAGUAUUUCAACACUUCCCUCACCGUCACUCGCAUCGCCGACUCCGAUUCCGAUUCCGAGGAGAUUGUUCCGGCAGCGUCCGACUCCAACCGCUUCCCCUGCGUCUGGGAAAGCAGCGUCUCCAAUCGGGUCGGGAAAUCCGUGCCGGGUCUGGUUCUCGCAAUUUAAAUAUAUUAAAACAAAAAAGUAGGACGUAAUCACGUGCUGCCGUUACUAGUAAUAAAUAAAGGGCUUGUACACGUGGCAGUCGGUGGCUCGCUUGGUUUCACGCGAUACCAGAGAGAUGUGAGACCCUGUUAGUUAUCGGCGUGGUGAUUGCUUUGGUAUUUUAAUUUGUGUUUUUUUUUUUUUAUUAUUAUUUUCAUUUUGCUUGCUCUGUUGGUUUGGUGUGAAACUGAAACCAUUAUGGGUGUGUGCUGGUGGUCUUAUCCUUGUGAUUCUGUAAUGUGGUGUUUUGAUGAUGCAAUAAUAAGAGUACCUAUGAAU